AUGAUGGCAGAAGCAUUACAUGAGACCAAUGAGGGAGUGAAUGUUGGAGGAGAGUUAUUAAAAGAUGUAAGGUUGGCAGAUGAUCGAGGCAUGGUUGCAUACACUGGGAACAGAUUACAGAUAAUAAUGGACGGAGUAAAUGAAGUAACACAGAAAUAUGGAAUGAACAUCAGUGUAAAGAAGACAAAGCUUAUGAUUAUAUCUAGACAAGGUGGUAAAAUGUUAGAACAAGUUGUAAAAUUUUGUUAUUUGCGAUCGUGGAUAACUGAUGAUUGGAUAUAUGUUGCAGAAAUUAGAGCAAGAAUUGCAAUGGCAAAAGCAGCUCUAAGUAGAAGGAAAGACCUGUUAAGCAGGAAUAUGAGUCAGAGUGUAAAGAAAAAGAUUGUGAAAGCGGUGUGUGGAGUGUGCUCUUGUAUGGACCAGAAAUAUGGACUAUAA